GGGAGAUUCUGGGGCCGACGGAAAAACAGGUCCACAGUCAACAUUCUCACGGUCGACACCUCAAUCCUUAUCUUCUUGUGUUGUUGUUUCUAAUCCAAUUCGCCUUGUCGACGAUACAGGGCGUCGCAGACUCCCUGGAUAGCCGCCCUCCGCGUUGAAUCCUCGUUCCGCGAUAGCUUUCCUCUAGAGGGACGUGGCGCCUCUGCUGUCACCUAGAAAUCACCAUGGACGCCACUAGUGACUCAUCUUCUAUUACCGUUGCGGUCAGAGUCCGACCGUUCACCAUCCGGGAGGCCGCACAGCUCUCCAAGUGCGAAGAUGGCCCGCUAUUUCUCGGUGACGGGUCCUUGGCUGGAGUACCGACACCAAAGCUCAACCAGAAGGGUCUUCGCUCUAUCAUCAAGGUCAUUGAUGACAGAUGCCUAGUAUUCGACCCGCCAGAGGAUAAUCCUGUCCAGAAGUUCUCCAAGAGCGUGGUUCCCCAAGGCAAACGCGUCAAGGACCAGACCUUCGCUUUCGACCGGAUUUUCGACCAAAAUGCCUCGCAAGGAGAGGUAUACGAAUCGACCACCCGAAACCUUCUCGACAGUGUUCUCGACGGCUAUAACGCCACGGUGUUUGCCUAUGGUGCGACCGGAUGUGGAAAGACUCAUACCAUUACAGGCACAGCGCAACAGCCGGGUAUUAUUUUCCUUACGAUGCAAGAGUUAUUUGAACGUAUAGACGAGCGGUCUGGGGAGAAGGCGACGGAGGUUUCGCUUUCAUACCUCGAGAUUUACAACGAGACCAUCCGGGAUCUCCUGGUUCCCGGAGGGAGCAAAGGCGGGCUGAUGCUCCGGGAGGACUCGAACAAGUCGGUUUCGGUGUCUGGACUGUCCAGCCAUCACCCGCAGAAUGUGCAGCAGGUCAUGGAUAUGAUCAUGAGGGGCAAUGAAUGCCGGACCAUGUCCCCGACCGAGGCGAAUGCUACCUCCUCGCGGUCGCACGCCGUCCUCCAAAUCAACAUUGCCCAGAAAGAUCGAAACGCCGAUGUGAACGAACCCCAUACAAUGGCGACCCUCAGCAUUAUCGACCUUGCGGGCAGCGAGCGUGCCAGCGCGACCAAAAACCGAGGCGAGAGAUUGUUUGAAGGUGCAAACAUCAACAAAUCCCUUCUGGCACUGGGAAGCUGCAUCAAUGCACUGUGUGACCCUCGAAAGCGAAACCACGUUCCCUACCGAAACUCGAAGUUGACGCGUCUCCUCAAGUUCGCGCUUGGCGGUAAUUGCAAGACCGUGAUGAUUGUCUGUGUCAGUCCAUCAAGCCAGCACUUCGACGAGACGCAAAAUACCCUGCGAUACGCCAAUCGAGCGAAGAAUAUCCAGACGAAGGUCACCCGAAACGUAUUUAAUGUCAACCGUCACGUCAAGGACUUCCUGGUGAAGAUUGAUGAGCAGAUGGCCUUGAUCAACGAACUGAAAGCCAAGCAGAAGGAUUACGAGAAGGUCGCCUUUGCCAAAUACAAGAAGCAGACCGAAAAGAAAGAUGCCGUCCUCCGCGAAGGACUGUCGCGGAUUCGUAAUGCGUACGAACAUUCGCUGUCCGAGAGACAGGAAAGGACCAACCACAUGAUCAAACAGAGGCAGAUUAGUCGCCGGAUCGGAUUGCUGUCUUCGUGGAUCGCCGCUUUCGACCAGGUUUGUGCAAGUUGCGAAAUCGACGACGCACUGUCGAACCUGCAGGCAGUCCGCAAGACAGCCCAAGGAAUCCUCCUUGAACUGGAGAGUAGCAGGCAACACUACCAUCAGCGGCUGGCGAGAAGUACAUGGGACCGCGGCAUGAACUCCGCAGUGGAACACGCCGUGCGUCAACUCCAAGAUUUCGAUAUCAGCGACAACAACGAUUUUGUCAAUAUGUCUCGCGAGGCCGAACUCCUAAGAGCGAACGCCGAGCGCGAGGCUCUGGCGGCAGUAGCAGAGCAGGACAAGGCCGGCGAAGCGGCCACGGUGCAGUUGCUUCUUCAGGCACAGUUUGAACUGAUGACCGAGAUCGAGAAUCUCAUGGAGAUGAGUGAAGAAGAUGCCAUCGACCAGGGCAAGAAGAUGCUCGCGAAGAUGCUCAAUUCCUGCUCCACCACGGCCUCCAGUAUCGUGAAGCCAGAUGGUAAGAUGCCAUCUAUGCCGCUAAGUCCGAUGAAGGCUAGUCCCGUGAAGCCAAAGAAGCGGCUCAGUAUAGCCACUGCGGUGCCUACCAGUCGAACGAUGAUCGCACCCAUCUUGACUCCCACGGCAGCACCGCCUUCGCCGACGAAGGGAUCCCCUCGCCGUCGCAAACUGAACGUUGGUCGAAAGAGCGUCAGUUUCUCACCGAAGAAGACGCAACCGAAGCCCACCAAGCGAGGCGUGAGAUGGAAGGAUGACGAACAUGAGGGCACAUUGACGGAGUUCCAAAAGACACCCCAAAAGACGCAAAUUACCACCAUACCUGAGAACAGUCCUGAGCCGCAACUGUCGCAACUGCCUCGCACAUCGCCUGUUCCUCGCGGGAUUCCGGUGCCCACCCGCAACUUCAGCCCGUCCAGUGGCUCUCCCCCCAUCUCGGCCGUUCCCGAACCGACGCUCAACAUUCAGAAGAACAGUCGAUUCAAGGCCGGAUUCCUGUCUAAAAAAAACAGCAGCUCCCCCAUAGCGCCACCCCCAACAACCACGCUUCCUCUGUCCGAGAACGGAAACUCCCCUCUCCGCGACAUUGAGGGCAGCAGCUUUCUGAACCGGACUUCGGUCGAGCGCCCAUCUCGGAUUGCGGUCCGAACCUCAAGUGGCAGCUACACGGGCAGCCCAGCGGCCGAGAGUAAGACAAGCUGGAAGGCCAGCAAAGACGAUGCCAUCAAGAUCACCUCCGCCAUGAGGCGGAUCUCGGGGGGAUCAUUCGGGGUUGGAAGCUCGGCCAAUGCGCUGCGCAUCCACCGCCGACGCAGCCCGACCUCCGCCACUUAUGGUAGCUCUCCGACGGAGAACAACACGAUGAACACCAUGUUUACGGCAUCCCAGGCCCGGCGGAUGGUCAAGAGCGAAAAGGAGCUCGAGAGCAAGCCCCCCGUGUUGGGUCCUCGGACGCUCCCAAUCAUGAAGAACACGCACCGACGUACGACCUUUGGAGGCGACAUCCGGCCCCGGAGGCUGAGUGUGAUGGCGGGGCCUAGUCCCCCGGAUAGCUUCUACAGUGGUGGAUUCGCCCUGCGGUAGUGGAACAUGCGCCCAUAUGUUUUGUUUUCUUUGUUGGGGUAUUGGUACAUGGGACGGUGUUCGGGGCUGGAUACCACGUGUGUGCGUUUUAUGGAGGGAGGCAGACCGCACGAUCUGGGAUCCGGUCUGCUGCUCUGCUGCUUCUCUGCUUCUGGUUGUGAUGUGCUUCAUCUGGAAUUUGGAAAGAUCCCGUAAUUUCAUUACUUUCGAUGUUGAUGGUUUCACUCUUUCAUGGCAUAUAUUAGUCCGGAACGUGUAUAAUAGCAGGAUGAUUCUUCUUCAGC